AACACCAGUUGAAUUUACCGCUGCCAGACGGUCUGCAAAACUGUUUAUUGUGGUGUGUUUUCGCACAGUUUUCUAUUAAAAUGGUAUUAAUAAUGCCUAUUAGCCCUCCUGAGCAUGGUCUCUUGUACACGGCUAACAAUAUUAAACUAAAACUUGGCGAUAAAGUCGUUGGCCAAGGCACUAUAUAUAUUUCGCAAAACACGCUUUCUUGGCAACCGGUGGAUCUCCAAGAGGGCAUUUCGAUUGAGUGGAAGCAAGUCAGCUUACAUGGCAUUUCUUCGAAUCCCAGGAAAUGUAUUUACUUUAUGCUGGAUCGCAAAGUGGAAUGGGAAGGAGUCUACAUGGGACGUAGUCUCGAAAUCAAUGGCCAGAAUGGUGCUAACGAUGAGCAACAGCGAAAUGCUGCUGCAGCAGUUGUUAACAACGAUGUAGAUGAGGGCAACGGUAGUGAUGACCUAGACGAUGACGACGACGAUGAUAACUUUGAGGAUGCAGUCGAUCAGCAACUAGACGAUGUUACCGAGUGCUGGCUGCUGCCCGAUGAUAUACACACUGUGGACACCAUGUACAAUGCUAUGACCACUUGUCAGGCAUUACAUCCUGACUCAGCGGACAGCAACUCGGAGGAUAGCGAUCCCAUGGAGGAUGCUGGUGGCGUUGGCAUGGCCUUUGAUGAUCAGGACAUGGUGGAGGAUGUCCUUACGCUGGGUCGCAAUGGUGGCGAAGUUGGCGGCAUGCAGAAUCUUAGCCUUGACGAUGAUGAUGAGCGCUUUGAGGACGCGGACGAAUAAGGUUACUCCAUCCACCCCACACGAGAAACUAACUACUCCAAAUAACCAUUGCAUCCAUAUACAUACAUACGUAUUUAUAUUUGAAUCUUUUAUACAAAUUGUAAGUCUAAAGUGUAUUGUGAACAUAUUUGAAUAGCUUUUUGGAAUACUUUAUACUUAACGCUGUAAGCGCUCAACAACAUUUAAGCGUUUUCUUUUUUGGCCUGCUGCUGCAGCUUCAUCUCGUUUUCCAGCGCAUCUUCGCUUAUGGGCGCUGCUAACUGUAUGUAAAACAUAAGUGUACAAGUAGUAAAAUUGAAUGCAUUAUAAUCUUACCGCUUCGGCCACUUCUAACAUGACCAAUGCCUGCUGAUAGCCAUCUCCCUUCGAGGGUACUUUAUCAUAAUUCCAAUACGUGAAGUCUUGGAAUGUGCCUGUCAGUCUCAGUUGUCGAUCUGCUUGGUUUUCAUCCGUCUCCUGCAGUACGAGGCCUUUGUAUCCCUUGGGCACUGACUCCCGCUUUCCAAGUAGUGGAUAUCCUCUAAGAGCAUUUGAUAAAAUGCCUUUGCCGAAUUCUGGCGUAUCACGCGUAUAAUUGUUAAAGUGUUUAUCGACAUCUGUGCACUCGCCGUCACCAACGAUUUUGGCUGGUAAAUAGUGCAGCUGCAUUGGUCUCUUGUUGUCCAAUUGCUGAAUAUCGAAAUCCAAAGUAAUUGACAUUUUGUUUACCCACAAAACAAUCUCCAAUGAAAACAAAUAUUCUACAUAAA